GACUAAACAAGAAGACAGCGAUAAUAAAAUCCUCCAGGACUGUGCGUCAAAAGGCUUUACGAGCACAAUAACGGAGCACACUGCCAGGAUCCCCACUGUAGCGAACUGACUGGGAGUGUUUGGGGUGCUAGACUGUGCACAGGCGUGGCAGUGGGCUGGUCCUGGCUCACUGAGCGAUGAAAAAAAAACAACGCAGCAGGGUCGGUUGACUUGGUAUCAGCUGAGGCCCUGAAACACUCUGACAAAGGAGCCAGUGCACACAGAUUUGUUGCAAUUAACUCCUUCACUCUGAGGACGUCUUCAGGCUGUGGGUGUGCCGCACCCACUCAGCAGACACGCUCCCGAGGAUGCGCUGAGAUCCACCCCUGGUUGUAAGACGCCCACUGCAAAAUAGUAAAAGAUGAGCAAGUCUCCCACCCCAAAGGGCACCCCGGUGCAGCGCAGUCCCAGUGAUGGAGUCUCCGAGGGCCUCCAGUCUCCCCAGCACUCCACCCCCAGCAUCGGGCCACAGCAUAAGAAACGCAUCUCCAGCCUCCUUCAGAGUCCAUCAUUUAGAGAGGAGCUGGAUGUGCUGAUCCAGGAACAGAUGAAGAAGGGUGGCAGCUCAUCCAAUCUAUGGGCACUGAGGCAGCUGGCUGAUUUCAUGACCUCACAUGGCUCUCCGGCUUCCCUGCCCGUCUCCCCCUCAAACAUGAUGAUGGUGACACCCAUCAAUGACCUGCAUGGCUGGGAGCCCGGCAGCAUGGUGAAGGGGGAGAGGUUGAUGCGCUGCAAGCUGGCCAGCACACAUCGCCUGUUCGACCUCUUUGGCUGGGCACAGAUCGGCCGCACCUGUCUCACACUGCGUGUGAGUAAAGAACAGGAACACUUCCUUGUGCUUCCAGAUGGACUGGCCUAUAGUGAGGUGACUGGAUCCAGUCUGGUAAAGGUGAAUAUCCUGGGCGAAGUGGUGGAGAAGGGGAGCACCAACCUGGGAGUAGACACUGAAAAGUUCAGCCUGCACUCUGCCAUCUACUCGGCCAGGCCAGAUGUUCGCUGUCUGUUUCAUCUCCACACACCGGCUACGGCAGCAGUUUCAGCUAUGAAGUCUGGCCUCUUGCCACUGUCCCAUGAGGCACUGCUGGUUGGGGACGUAGCCUAUUAUGACUACAAUGGAGUUAUGGAGGAGGAGGAGGACCGAGUGGAGUUACAGAAGAGCUUAGGACCUACCUGUAAGGUUCUGGUGCUGAGGAAUCAUGGCAUAGUGGCUCUGGGGGAGUCUGUGGAGGAGGCCUUCUACACCAUCUACCACAUCCAGGCUGCCUGCCAGAUCCAGGUGUCGGCGUUGUGUUGUGCUGGCGGAGAACAGAACCUGAUUAUGCUGGACCGUACCAUCCACAAACCCACUCCAGCCGGCACGGUCGGCUGGGCUGGCUCCACCUUCGGACCUCUGCAUAAGAGCCGCGUUGGGGAGCAUGAGUUUGAAGCCCUCAUGAGAACUCUGGAUAACCUGGGCUACCGCACUGGCUAUGCCUACCGCUUCCCUGUACUUCUAGAGCGAACGCGAACACGGAGGGAGGUGGAGGUACCGGCGACCGUCACGGCCUUCCACCAGUUUGAUGACGAUGGCGUCCACCCAGCGCUGAGGCAGCAUCCUUUUGCCCAGCGCCAGCAGCAGGAGAGGACUCGAUGGCUCAACACCCCCAACACGUACCAGAAAGUCAGCCAGGAGCAAGCCAGCCCGGGACACCAGCGCACCACUUGGUUGAAGACAGAAGAGGUGACACAAGCUGGCAGCACAGCCAUCAAGAUAGAGAACCCAAACCAGUUUGUGCCUCUGUUCACCAAUCCCCAAGAGGUGAUCGAGACCCGAAAUAAGAUUCGACAGCAGAAUCGUCAGGACAUGAAAACAGCCGGACCGCAGUCGCAAGUCCUCGCCAGUGUUAUAACAGAAGAUAGUCCUCCGUCCCCUGUCAGUCCACCUAAAGUCCCACCAGAGCCAGAACCUCCAAACCCCUUUAACGAGCUGACGGACCAGGAGCUAGAGGAGUACCGCAAGGAGGUGCAGAGGAAGCAGGAUGGAGGAACCAAUGAGGAGGAGGUGGCAAAUGAUAAGGAGUCCUCCCCCACUACGUCCCCCACAAAGGGCCCUCCUCCCAGCCACCCUCCUCUCUCAGAGGAGACAAAGACCGACUCUCCGGCCAUUCAGAACGGAGGCGAGGAGGAGAAGCAGACGACAGAGGAAUUAGAGAAAGGGAUGAAGGCCCUUUCAACCAACGAUACCUCCACGCCCGCCGCCCCGCCCGCCAAACCGCAGGGCGGCACCCCGGAGGGCUCACCCUCCAAGUCUCCGUCCAAGAAGAAAAAGAAGUUCAAGCCUCCGUCGUUCCUCAAAAAGAGCAAGAAGCAGAAAGAGAAGGCAGAGACCUGAGACGUUCGGAGUCGUGUGGCAGAACCUCGGUGAAAUACUACAGUGAAAUAUUUCCUAGUGUAUGACGGAGUAGCAGGUGGAGUCGACCACAUCAGAUGUAUUUAAAGAGCCAUUUAGGAUGUCAUUCACAGAUAUGGUGUACUCAAACAACACAUACUUUACUGUACCACUCACAUAUGAUAUAUGUGGUGACUCAUCUUAAGGAAGUUAAAAAACAAAACACUGGUGAUUAUUUUCACAAUAAUAUUUGACCCAGGUGAGAUACUUUGACGCACUUCUCGUCACACACGCAGUUUCUGUAUUACCCACGUCUUAUUUUUUAGCCUCGCUGCGCUAUUGCUCCAUCACUCCACUCCACUGUACAGGCAUUCACAUUUUCAUUUCUAAAACUGAGGUUACUACUGUGAUCAGACUUUUUUUUAAUAAAUCCACAAUUUUGCAAGACACAAACGCCCCAAUGAGUUAUGCACUCCUCAUCCAUGUAUAGGCACAACGACACAUAGAUUGACAUCCUAGCACGUUUGCGUUUGUUCAUUAUCAUAGGCAUCUUCUAGUCACCAUUUGGUUCUAAGUAUCAGAUAGAUGUUGCAGGUAUACUAUGUGAGCACAGGUGCAGUACAAUGUAGAAAUAUGCUGAUAGCUACUGAUCGCGCUCUGCUGAACGCUGGUUUGGUGUUAAAACAGCAGGGACAAGAAUGGGAAGAGGAAGCUGGGCGAGCACGCGAGGCCUCGCGACGAGCUGCUGCGAAUGCUUUGAUCGAAGCCAAAGGGAUGACGCAUAAACAAUUUGUUGCUUGUCGGUGCAGUCUGUAAGCCAGUAAACAGAAGGUACUAAACAUUCCACUUUUUGUCGUUUUCUUUUUAAAUGUGCAGAAUACCUCUCAACAGUAACGACUUUCUGUUUGAACUAGUAGCUGACGCUGAUGUGUGAUGUUUGCUCAUGGUCUUAAUUUAUUUUAUAUUAGAAUGUAUAAGUGAGUGUUGCAAGGUUACCAUGUAUCAGUCAUUAAAGG